CCUCCCAGCGGCGGCAUCAGGAGGAGGAGGAGGAGGAGGCGGGCGCGGGGUCGGGGGGCGAUCCGGCCCCCGCCAUGGAGGGGAUGGACGUCGACCUGGACCCGGAGCUGAUGCAGAAGUUCAGCUGCCUGGGCACCACCGACAAGGACGUGCUCAUCUCCGAGUUCCAGCGGCUGCUCGGCUUCCAGCUCAACCCGGCGGGCUGCGCCUUCUUCCUGGACAUGACCAACUGGAACUUGCAAGCAGCUAUCGGAGCCUACUAUGACUUUGAGAGUCCCAAUAUCAACGUGCCCUCUAUGUCCUUUGUUGAGGAUGUUACCAUAGGAGAAGGGGAAUCGAUCCCUCCCGACACACAGUUUACCAAAACGUGGCGGAUACAAAACUCUGGGACAGAGGCCUGGCCUCCGGGGGUUUGUCUUAAGUAUGUCGGGGGAGACCAGUUUGGCCACGUGAACAUGGUUAUGGUCAGGUCACUAGAGCCCCAAGAGAUGGCAGAUGUCAGCGUCCAGAUGUGCAGCCCCAGCACAGCGGGAAUGUAUCAGGGACAAUGGCGAAUGUGUACGGCCACGGGACUCUACUACGGAGAUGUCAUCUGGGUGAUUCUCAGCGUGGAGGUGGGAGGACUUUUAGGAGUGACGCAGCAGCUGUCAUCCUUCGAAACGGAGUUCAACACGCAGCCGCACCGCAAGGUGGAAGGAAACUUUAACCCGUUUGCCUCUCCGCAGAAGAACCGGCAACCCGACGAAAACACCGUCAAAGACCCUGGGGGUUCCGGGGCAGGCACGCUCAGCAAAAACACGUGGGCCCCCCCCGCGCCUGACCAAAUCGAACAAGAUCAGGAUGGACUGUCACAAAACUCUGUAAACCUCUCCCCCAGCCGUCACUCAAACAACUUAUCGGUAGUGACUUACAGUAAGGCUGAGGACCGCCCCGGGACCCUCCAGCCCGGCAACGGGGGGUUCCACGGCCCUUAUCCCUUCGGACAGUCUUAAAACGGGUAUCGUCGAGAAGAGACGUGAACAGAGGACUGGCUCUGGGGGGAGGGGAAGGGGCUUUUCUGGAUUCCAGACGGCCCAGCGUGGACAUCCUGGAAAAAGAAGAGGAGGAAACGAAACAGACCAGUUUCAAGCAAACUCAGUAUGCAUGUGUGAAUGCUGAAUUGCCGGAGUGCUGUUCUAAGCUACAGAGAAGAUAUCCACACAGCCACAGUUUUCUUUUCUUUUCUUUUUGUUUUUGUUUUUUUAGGUGUUAGUCUCACAAGAAAUUCGGUAGUCUGGGGACAGAAAGAGUUUAACUAGGAAAAGAGAAAAGCCAUCUUUUUAAGACAAAAAAGAAAAAACAGAAACCUUAUUUUGCCUACAGAGAAGUUGUAGUUUUGAGGAAAUGUUCAUUUUGCGGGGGGAGUUUUUUCCCUUUCUUUUUUAAAAACUAAGGGACAGCGGGCAUUUGUACGCAGCACAGCGGCGGUCGUGCUGGCCGGCUCUGGAGCCGGUGCAGGGAGAAGGCAGGCACUGUGGGUCCGGGGGUUCUGUGUGUCAUUGCUCGUCUGCCGUUUCACGUGAAGUUAGAGCAGCCCCUAGUCUGAGAUGGUUUUAGUGCAUCGGUUGUUUAGUUAUUGACCUUUGAUGCUCUCCUUUUUCUCCUCCCUUCUCCUUCUCCCCCUCUCUUUUUUAACCUCCAGUUGAUUUUCCCCUUUGGCCUUCGAAUUGGACUCCCUCUCGAUCGAUCACUGGUAUUUAUUGAGUGCUUUCGGUGGACGGGACACUGCAUUAAGCGCUUGGGAGAGCACGGUAGAGUUGGUAGACGGCCCUCUCUGCCCUCCGGGACUUUACGAUCGCCCCCCCGACUCCACAUCUCCAGAAACCUCUCCCAAGGCCGGAUUUCUCCGGAUCCCCAGGAGAAGGGGCUUUUCUUGGGACGGAGUUGAAGAGGCAGAGGUUCCCGUUGGAUCUGGCUCUCCCUCGCACCCACCUAGACGAAUGCAUCUCCAAUCAGAAAUAAAAUUUGCUUUUUUUUUUUUUUCCUAGGUCGAUCUUGCUCUAGGGAAACGCUGUCAGUGAGGUAAAUGCAAUCUAGGGCUUCUCGAGCAUUUCCUCCCAGUAGCAGGGAGGACUUUACCUGACCCUAGUGAAAAAUCGUGUGUGUGUGUGUGCGCGCGCGUGCCUGUUUGUGCUUAUACAGGGAGUCUUGUGAUCCGAAGAAAUGAACUUUUCCUAGGUGUACUUCA